GCUGUGCUGAGUUGGCGUGAAUUUGGACAGCUUGGAGGGGAGAAUCACCCUUUCUUAGGAAGAGCUGGCCAUCCUGUCGACGCGCAGCAUCCGUCCGGCCAUCACGGACCACUACCUGUGGUGCUGUCUGCGUUCCGAGCGAGCAUGAACCUUUCCGUGGCUCGGUCAGGUCUGUGAUGCCCUAGCACAAGCGUGCACCAGCCAGUUCCCUUCUCGUGUCUCGUCUCUCUGCCGUCUCGUGGCGCCGGACUACCGCGUUGCAAGCAAGUCCGCAUCGGUAACUAAUCUACGGCCAUAAGUUGGUCGAUGGAGCGAAGCCCCACACCGACUGUUUAUCUCCUGCACCUCUCGUAACCCCACAUUCUGGUCUUGAGAAUAUACGGUGUGUACGUUGUGCCAGUAGCGGGCGUUCGUGGAAGUGAACGCCUGGAAAGCUCCCUAUCGUGAGCCCACCCGCUGGCAGAAGGUCAGCAUUGGGCCCGGAGGCGAAGGCAGGUCGGAUUCACGCUCAGCGGGCAGCCGGCCAUAGCCAGCGACGAGUGGGCUCGCAGCGUGCGGGGGACGACGCCACAGUCGUAGGGGCGGGUGCUCUCGCCCGAGGCCGAGGGAGAGGAAAACCAUGGCGACAUUCGCUGAGGCUCCGCCCGGGAAGAAGGCGGUUGGGGAGAAAAUCUUCAAGACGAAGUGCGCGCAGUGCCAUGUGGCAGAGAAAGGCGGUGGUCACAAGCAAGGGCCAAAUUUGGGAGGUCUCUUCGGAAGGCAGACGGGGCAGGCACCAGGGUACUCGUACUCCUCUGCAAAUAAGAACAAAGCCAUCAUAUGGACAGAGGAGACACUCUAUGAGUAUCUCCUUAAUCCAAAGAAGUAUAUCCCAGGUACGAAGAUGGUGUUCCCCGGACUGAAGAAGGCGCAGGAGCGAGCAGAUUUGAUUGCCUAUUUGAAGGAAGCGACGGCUUGAUGGGUGGUGGAUGGAUGGAUGGGGUAUGGGAAGGAGCAAUGGAUUUGAGCAGCAUCCCACUUCUGACGUGGUCCUCUGUUUCCUUGUUGCCAUGGUGCGCUUGAGAAGCACCCUCAGAGUCUCUCCUUGUACGUUUCGUUGCCGAGUUUUCAGAAUUCUUUAGCUUUCCUUUGGCUGGUGUGCCUGCUUUAUUCACAAAUGGCCUGAAUGAUGGGCAUGGGCAGGCAAGUCGAGCGUCCCUUUCACAAAUGGCCUGAAUGAUGGGCAUGGGCAGGCAAGCCGAGCGUCCCUUUCACAAAUGGCCUGAAUGAUGGGCAUGGGCAUGGGCAGGCAAGUCGAGCGUCUCUUUCCACUAUUAUGGAUUGCAGGUUCGAUGAAUCAGUAAUUUGUUGAAAUCAGUAAUUUGUUGAAACUGCGGGGUUCCUUCAAGAAUGCCUCAAAAAAGGCCCUCAAUUAUUUCUUUUUGUUGAAAAUUAAACAUGGUGCCGCCUCU